UUCUCCUCUCUUCUUCUUCCUCUUCUCUUCUUCUUCUCAGAUCUCUUCUCUUUUUAAGCUCCCAAAUACAAAUCUCUACCCUCGUUUUCUAUAAAACACAUCCCAAUUCAAAAUCUUCCCGCUCCUCUCGUACCCUUUUUUUCUCGCUUAAAUCGCCGCUGCAGAAACAAGCGAGCGGAAGCCCAAGAAUUUAAGUAAAAAGAGAAGAAAGGAAUGGCAGAAAAAGGGUUGGAGGAAACAGGGUUGGAGGCAAGCGGAAGCCAACCGGUUGAUCUCAAGCAACAUCCUUCCGGCAUCGUCCCUACUCUUCAGAAUAUCGUUUCCACAGUCAAUUUGGACUGCAAAUUGGAUCUUAAGACCAUUGCAUUGCGAGCUCGUAAUGCAGAAUACAAUCCCAAGCGUUUUGCAGCUGUGAUUAUGAGAAUAAGGGAGCCGAAAACUACUGCAUUGAUAUUUGCAUCUGGUAAAAUGGUUUGUACAGGAGCCAAGAGUGAAUCACAAUCGAAAUUGGCUGCACGGAAGUAUGCUCGAAUCAUUCAGAAACUAGGUUUUGAUGCCAAGUUCAAGGAUUUUAAAAUCCAGAACAUAGUUGGUUCCUGUGAUGUUAAAUUCCCCAUAAGACUCGAAGGUCUGGCAUAUUCCCACAAUGCCUUUUCAAGUUAUGAACCAGAACUGUUCCCUGGCUUGAUUUACCGAAUGAAACAACCAAAGAUUGUGCUUCUUAUCUUUGUAUCUGGAAAAAUUGUUCUCACAGGAGCGAAGGUAAGAAGUGAGACAUACGAAGCCUUUGAGAACAUAUACCCAGUUCUUACAGAAUUCAGGAAAAACCAGCAAUGAUUGGUAUUGGGAAGAACGAUGGUGAAAAUUGUAGUUCAGGAAGGUAUUCCAGGUCGUAUGCAGAUGUGGAAAUCGAAUGCACUGGGAUUGGAUUGUAUAUAAGGACGUUGUGCAUUGUUUUUUCAGUUAAUGAAAGAAAAAUUGAGACUCGUUAUUUUCUUCUUUGUUUUGUAGUCAUAUCAAUACAAAGGAAAAAAACCUGCUUAACACAAUUAAA